AUGAUCAAGGCAAUGUGGGCGCCAUUUGCGGCUGUGGCGCUGCUGGUGGCGUGUGCAUCGGCGUCUUCAUCGGGACUUGCGGUGAAGCGUGCUGCCAGUGUGUGCAAUGGGUAUUCUGAGCUCUGUUCCAAGCAGUACUCUAACGUGACGCACAUUGGUGCGCACGACUCCUACUCCGUGGGCUCCAUGAGCUCCGUCGGCACGAACCAGGAGCUGGAUGUGACGGACCAGCUCAAGAGCGGAAUCCGCGCCCUGCAGAUCCAGGGCCAUUCGGAGGAAGGUAGUGCCUCGGGCAUCUCGUUGUGCCACACGGACUGCUCCAUCAGGAACGGUGGCACGCUCGAGAGUUACUUGGGCAAUGUCACGCAGUGGGUCAAGGAGAACCCUAAUGAUGUGGUUACUAUCUUCAUUGCGAACAAUGACAACCUUCCUGCAGCACAGUGGGGCAAGGGAUUCUCGUCCGCCGGUCUCGAAAAAUACACAUAUGCACCCGCUGGUACGAAGGUCAGCAAGAACAACUGGCCUCAGCUGAAGGACAUGAUCAACAAGAACCAGCGUGUUGUGGUGUUCAUGGACUAUAAGGCGGAUACGAGCGCGGUCAAGUACAUUUUGCCCGAGUUCUCCAAUGUAUUUGAAGACCCUUAUGACCAACAAUCGACGCCCUUCAACUGCACGGCGGACCGCUUCAACGGCGACACAAGCCACAUGAUGUAUCUGCACAACCACUUCCUCGAUAAAAAGGGCGAUAUCUUGGGCAAGUCCUAUCUUACCCCCGACACGAGCCAGCUCAACAAGACGAACAGUGUUGACUCGAUCAUGAGCAACGCUGCAUCGUGUGCCAAAAAACACGACUCCUACCCCACUUUUAUCCUGUUCGACUUUUUCGACCAAGGCAAUGGCAGCGUGUUUGAAGCCGCUGCGCAGAUGAACAAUGUCCAGUACCAGGCGACUCCCAUUUCCUCGUCGUCUGACUCGAACUCGAACAGCGCAUCAUCGAUGCACCCCGGCCUGCCCUACCUGGGUGGCCUCUUUGCGCUUGCGCUGGGCUGGGUGGCACUCAUCCUCUAG